CUUCAAUCAUAAGUUUACUACAAACACUUAAAACACUAGCCAACGGAACCAAUCAACGAAAACUAAUCAACAUGAAAGUGGUUGCUUUCUUCAUGCUCGCCUUGGUUUUGGCGGCUCCAGCAUUUGGUAAAACUUUCGAUCGCUGCUCGCUGGCUAAGGAGAUGUAUGCUCUCGGCGUACCAAAAGAUCAAUUGGCCCGUUGGACUUGUAUUGCUCAACGCGAGAGCUCUUUCCGUACCAACGUCGUUGGUCCAACUAAUUCUAAUGGCUCCAACGAUUACGGUAUCUUCCAGAUCAACAAUAAAUAUUGGUGUCAGCCUGCUGAUGGACGCUUCUCCUAUAACGAGUGUAAUUUGAGCUGCAAUGCACUGUUGACCGAUAAUAUCGCAGACUCUGUGAAAUGCGCGCGCAAGAUCCAAAAACAGCAAGGUUGGACUGCUUGGUCCACUUGGAAAUACUGUAAUGGUGCGCUGCCCAGCAUUGACGAUUGUUUCUAAUUGGAUUUGUGAUGUUACAUUGCUUGGCUGUUAAAUAAAUUUCAAUUAUAUGCAAGUA